AUGCAGUCGCUGAACCUCUUGGCCAGCGAAGUAUGUCAUCCGCACCUCGACGAAGCCUCGCGGCGCAACAGCUUAGCAGGGAGCCUACUGCUUAUUUACUACGAGAUAGUGCUAGGCAACUCUGCAACAAAUGCCUGGUGCCACUUGCAAGGAGCCAAGAGCCUUCUCGAGAGCGACCGAAGUAUCUUCCACACCCCUCACUUCAAGUUCUUCAUCAAGAUAUUCCAAUACUUCAAUGUGAUGCUCGCACUAUCCCUCGGCAUACAACCCCUGGAGUUGUAUACCAAGAUUCAACCUGACCACCCCCAGCAAGUCGAACAGAUCGACCCUAUUUUCGGUUGCAGCAGCAGUUUAUGGCCUCUCAUGCACGAACUGGCCGACGUGAUCGGACGGGUGAAUUCUGGACAGGACGUUGAUGAGAAAGCCCGAAUCUUAGAUUUCCGCCUCCGUUCAUGGUCAAUUGAAUCCACAGGCCUCACCGAGGCAUACUAUGAAGCCACGGUGCAAAUCGCGCAAGCUUACAAGUCCUGCGGGCUGUUGGCACUGCGUGUGGCGAUACCCUCGAUUUUCUCCGAUCAACUCGACGUUUCAUCCACGGCCUCGUCAGAUUAUGGAAUAUAUCAAACGGCUUUUAACAGCUUGCUUCGAGUUUGCGUGUUGUCGACCCCAAUGGCUACGCUCACUUGGCCUCUGUAUGUUGUCGGCCGACUAGCCACUUCCAGUGGAGACCGAACCGUGGUUUUACAUAUUUUCUCGCAGUUUUUGGAUCGACAUCAUAUGAAGGUCGUUGAGGGAGCCCGGGGGGCUGUGACUGCGCAUUGGGAAAAAGACAAAUCAUCGCAAAGAAACUGUAUUUCAACGGUCCUGCUUGGGUAA